AUGGGGCGGGACGAGAGGUUCCCGGUGUGGGAGGCCGCGCUCGGCGCCGGGGUCGCCGCCGCCUUCGCCGCUGGGCUCGUCGGGGUCUACCUUUCCAUGCCGGACUCCGACUACAGCUUCCUCAAGUUGCCACGUAAUCUCGAGGAACUCCAAAUCCUCACUGGCCAUCUUGAGAACUAUACUAGUGAUUACACCCUACAGGUGUUAGUAGGUUAUUGCGUUGUGUACAUCUUCAUGCAGACCUUCAUGAUCCCAGGGACAAUAUUCAUGUCUCUGCUUGCUGGUGCUCUAUUUGGGCAACUCCGGGGCUUGGCCCUGGUGGUCUUUGCUGCCACUGCUGGUGCUUCUUCAUGCUAUUUCCUGUCGAAGAUGAUUGGGAAGCCACUGGUGUUCACACUGUGGCCAGAUAAGCUCAGUUUCUUCCAGAGACAGGUUGCUAAAAGAAGAGAGAAGCUGUUGAAUUACAUGCUUUUCCUCAGGGUGACCCCAACAUUGCCAAAUACCUUCAUCAACUUAGCUUCACCCAUAGUAGAUGUCCCCUACCAUACAUUCUUACUGGGAACUCUCAUUGGUCUUAUCCCAGCUGCUUAUGUGACUGUCAGGGCUGGAAUUGCUCUCGGAGAGUUAACUUCGCUGAGUGACCUUUACGACACCCAGUCGAUAGCACUGCUAUUCCUGAUCGGUGUUGUUUCAGUCACACCAGCAUUGUUGGGCAAGGACAAGGCACAAGAAAAACCAUCAGAAAUGGCGGUAGGCACGUCAUGA